UGCUGUAGGGUGUCUCGAGUUUACAAAAUCGUUACGAAAAUGCCUCCUAAAGCAAGUGGAAAGGCUGUGAAGAAAGCUGGCAAAGCUCAGAAGAACAUCAGCAAGACCGAUAAGAAGAAGAAGAGGAGGAGGAAAGAAAGCUAUGCAAUCUACAUUUACAAAGUGCUGAAGCAAGUCCAUCCUGACACUGGUAUUUCCAGCAAGGCGAUGAGCAUCAUGAACAGUUUUGUGAAUGAUGUCUUUGAGCGGAUUGCUGCUGAAGCCUCACGCUUAGCUCAUUACAACAAGAGAUCGACCAUCACAUCUCGGGAAAUCCAAACGGCCGUCAGACUUUUGUUGCCUGGUGAAUUAGCGAAGCACGCUGUUUCUGAAGGCACUAAAGCUGUUACCAAGUACACCAGUUCAAAGUAAAUGCUGCAGCAUACUCUAAUCGGCCCUUUUAAGGGCCAACA